AUGGGUUACAACAAUAGCUGGUUCAAGCCAGGUCGACAGACUCAGCUGGCUAUCACUGUCAAUUGCCUCCACGCAUUCUUUUUAUUCGGCUACGACCAAGGAGUUUUUGGUGGAUUGAUCACAAAUCCUGAUUUUCUUGAGGUGGUGGAUCAUCCUUCAGAAGCAUUCCUAGGCUUCAUUGUUUCAAGCUACAAUCUUGGAUGUCUAGCGGGAUGUCUUCUCAACUUCUUCAUUGGAGGCGGUAUCGUGCGUCGGCCCACGCUUUGGCUGGCCAUGCUCUUGAUCAGUGCUGGUGCUGUCCUUCAAGCCGCAGCCUUUGGCGUACGGUCCCCCGAGCGAAGCCGCGUGGGUAUUGAUACCUCCACAGUUCCUAUGUAUCAGGCCGAGUUGUGCAAGAGUCACGUCCGCGGACGUCUGGUCACCACCGAGGUUCUCUUCACUGCUCUUGGAAUCGCAGUUGCGUACUUCUUCGCAUUCGGCAUGAACUUCGUCGGAGGGGCUGUUGCGUGGAGACUGCCAAUCGUCGCCCAGAUACUGCCCGCCAUUAUCAUUUCCGUCGUUCUCUUCGGACUUCCUGAGACUCCACGGUGGCUCAUCGAAAGAGGUCGCGUGCAGAAGGCCGUUGACGUCAUGUGCCAGGUGUAUGGCGCUGGACCUGAGGACGCAUACAUCGUAUCUGAGAAAGCCGCUAUCCUUGAGACACUCGAGUUUGAAGCAGCCGAUCCAUUUAAGUGGACAAACAUAUUGAAAAAAGACCGUGUUCAUACAGGGUGGAGAGUCUGGCUUGCGGUUCUCGCUCUCUCAUUCAAUCAGUGGUCUGGCAUCAACGUUGUGGUCUUUUACAUUGGCACCGUACUUGAAGUCAACGUGGGUCUACCUAGGAGUACCGCGCUCGUAGCUGGGGGAUGCAUCAAUCUCGCUUUCGCUGUAGGCUCCUUGGUCCCGGCACUUUUCCUGGACCGUAUCGGACGCCGCAAACCCAUGAUCUUUGGUACAGUAGCUAUGGGUCUAUCAUUGAUGGUCAUCGCCAUACUUCUGUCCUUCCAGGGCACCGCUCGGGAAGCCGUCACUUCAAAGAUCACCAUCGCCUUCUUCGUUCUGUACAUGAUAUUUUUUGGCAGUAGUCUGAAUGCUAUACCAUGGUGCUACGCACCCGAAAUCCUGCCCCUCAAAUCCAGAGCGAAAGGCACUUCGCUAGCAGUCAUGAUGAACUGGGUAUUCGUCUUCACCAUAGUCAUGGUAACUCCGACCAUGAUCACAAAUAUCAGAUGGAAAACCUAUCUCGUCUUCAUGGCUUGCAACUUUGCGAUCGCUCCCAGCAUAUAUCUUCUCUUUCCAGAGACUGCAAGACUAUCGCUUGAAGAAAUUGAUCACAUCUUCAUCAAGGAUGAUGUGGUGUCUGAUUCAUCCGCGAGUCAGAUUGGACCGAACUCUCACGGAUUUUCGAAAUCUCACGAGGCUGGCAGUAUGGAAGUCAGACACCUCGAGUGA